ACUAUUGGGAGAGACGGGUGAAUCUCAUAAAUGUUAUAAAUCUUGUAUUCUGAUGCUUUAAUUAUGGCUAUGUAUCAUUCAUAAUCUCCAUCUAUCUCCUCUGCUACUACUCACUCAUGCAUCACUUCAUCAGAAUUCAUCACAAUUUCUGGAAAUUAAACCGAAGAUCGAGUUCUUCUCUUGUUUGAAAAAUUCCGAUACAUUUUAGUACUUUCUGACCUUGUCCAUGAUGUUUUCUUACCCGUGUCUUUUUUCAUUUUUAAGGUGACUAUGUGGCUUUGUGUGUGUGGUUUGAUUUAAUCUCAAGAUACAAGGUUGAAGCGUGAGCGUGUUAUCGUUAAUUAUCUUCUAAGAAGCAUGUUUCUUAAACGUUGAACAUUGCAGUCCUGUCUUGAGUUUUCUUCAAGGCUUGGUUUAACAGCGAUAUAUAGAGAGAGAAAGAAAAAUAGCAUUGUCUGUUUGCAUAAGAAUCUGUCUCCCCCCCGUGUGAAGGUGUUGAAUUUGCAACAUUGUUGAUUGAGAGAUAUUAAAAGAAAAAAAAAAGUGAAGAAGGGUAUUGAGAUUUUUGCGGGAAAUUCGGUGUCCUAACGUCAAAAAAUAGAAGUCUUUCUUUGUGGGGAUGAUUUGCAAUCCCCAUAAUCUCUCUCUCUCUCAUCCUUCUUUGUUGUUGUUUUGUUUUCUUCCCCAUCUGGGUGGUUCCCUCUGUUUUUCAGGGUAGGGAAGCUAAAAACUCCAUCUUCCCUCCCUCUUCUCCCCCCCCUCCUCCUCUCUCUCUCUAAAAAACAUGAUUUUUAAUAAAGGGUCAACGCAUUCUAACCUUGACUGUUUCGUACGGUGUACCACACCUGUGGUUCAAUCCCAGUUUCUUCCAAAGUCGGAGAUUACAAGCCUUAACCGUUUGUGGCAUCCGUGGGAGAGAGAAAGCGUGGAAUAUUUUACGUUGGGGGAUCUUUGGAAUUGCUACGACGAAUGGAGUGCUUAUGGAGCAGGAGUUCCCAUUACCUUGACAAGUGGAGAGACACUUGUGCAGUACUAUGUGCCUUAUCUCUCCGCAAUUCAGAUUUUCACUAGCAAUAGUUUCAGGGAAGAGACUGAAUCAGGUGACUGUGAAACAAGGGAUUCCUAUAGUGAUUCUUUCAGCGAUGAGAGUGAGUAUGACAAGGUAUGGAGGUGGGAUGGAACUUCCUCAGAAGAUGGAGGCUCCGAGCAAGACUGUCUCUGGCAUUUCAGUGAUAGAUUGGGUCACCUUUAUUGCCAAUAUUUUGAAAGAGCAACUCCGUAUGGAAGAGUUCCUCUUAUGGAUAAGAUUACUGGAUUAGCACAAAGAUACCCGGGGUUGAUGUCAUUAAGAAGUGUUGAUCUUUCGCCAGCAAGUUGGAUGGCCGUUGCGUGGUACCCAAUAUAUCAUAUCCCCAUGGGAAGAACAAUUAAAGACCUUUCUACAUGCUUCCUCACUUAUCACACGCUUUCAUCUUCAUUUCAAGGCAUGGACCUUGACGAUGACAUAGAAGGUGGCCACCAAAAGAAAAAGGAAGGGGAAGGCAUAGCACUGCCAGCAUUUGGUUUGGCAACUUACAAGAUGCAAGGGGGGAACGUGUGGGUUGCAGGAAAUCGUGGUCGGGACCAAGAAAGGCUAUUGUCACUAUUGAGUGUGGCAGAUUCAUGGUUGAAGCAACUCAGGGUCCAACAUCAUGACUUUAAUCACUUCAUGGGCAUUCGGCAUGGCUAAAAAAAAAAAGGGGUUAAUCCACUACUCUACAAAGAAUUCGCACUUGCAAAGCUAAAAAUCAUCCUUUUCUCGGAUGUUUGAUUUUAUGUGCACUUUCUUGGACCAUUAAUUGCACCAUAUUUUCUUCUUCUUUUUCUUUUUUUCUUUUCUCCUGAGGGGAAGUGUGAGAAAUGAGGAUAUAUAAGUAUGUAGUAGUAGUUGUUGUUGGCCUUUAACCCUUGAGAGCAUUUUAGGACCAAAAACCCUUGUUAGGUUCCAACCAAGCAAAAAGGGUGUGUGUGUGUGUGUAUGAAUUCACUCCUUUCAACAGCCUCUCAUGAAGAGGUAAUUGUAUGUAGAGAGAUAGGUGAGGGAGGUCAGAGGGAAAGAAGUGAGAGUAUAUUGUGUAUUGAUCACAAUGGUUAAUGGAUGUGACAAAUGAUGUAGAAUCAGGUUGCACAUUUUUUUCUUUGUGUCUUGUUAGCGGUUCCCACCAGCUUUUGCUUCCAAUAGAUAAUUAAGCAUCCCUCUUAGAUCAA